UUCAGUUAUCUCAAGGGCGCUCGGAAGCCGGCCUUGCCGCGCGAGCGCUCUUUCGCGCGGGCGAUGUUUAUUUUCGUGUUUGGCUGUCGCUGACCCGACAUAAUCUUGGUCGUCCACCGACGCCGCUGCAGGGAGACAGACUCUCCACGGUCCUCAGUGAGGGACUGAGGAGUGAAAGCGAGCCAUGCUGGACAUCGUCUGGAAGUGUCUGGCAACGGGAUGCGUCGCGGGACUCGGGGUCCUGCUGGUUCAGUACAUUUGGGACCAGCUGAAGAGGAACUUCAAGAAGGGCCUGCCACCGGGACCUUACGGCCUCCCCUUCGUCGGUUACCUGCCGUUCAUGCCCAAGGACGGCCAUCGUGGAGUGGAAGCGCUCAAGGACAAGUACGGGACCGUGUUUGGGGUCACGUUGGGCAGCCGAUACGUGGUGUUCCUGUGCGACUUCGGCUCCAUCAAGGAAGCCCUGAGCCAGGAUAGUCUGCUGAACAGGCCGGAAGAGUUUCCUUUCAUGGUUCACAAAGAGUCCCAGGGUUUGAUUGUGCUGAACGGACCACUGUGGAAGGAGCAACGACGGUUCUCACUGCGGCUCUUCAAGAACUUGGGUAUCGCAACCCAGGCCAUGGAAAGACAUAUUCAUGACGAAGUGGGUCACCUGCUCCAGGAGUUCCGCGACAAGAAAAACGAGCCCGUGGCCCCAACAACCCUGCUGACGCCCAGCACGUCCAACAUCAUCUCGGCCCUGGUGUUCGGCAGGAGGUUCGAGUACUCGGACCCUGAGCGGAUCUACCUGGACAAACUGAUCGAGAUCAUCCCGGCUCUGGCCGCCCAGAUCUCCUUCAUCAACUUCUUUCCCUGGCUUCGAAACCUGAUGGUAUUCUUCAAACUCGGCGCGUGCGAGAUGCUCCGAGACGCCCUGGUCCGCAGGGAGGAUUUUGCCGAGUCAAAGAUUGACUUUCAUCACGAAACGUACCAGGACGGCGUUGUACGGGACUACAUCGACGGAUUCAUCUACGAAAUGAGAAAUCAAGAUGGCGACCAUAAAACGUUCACAAGGAACCUGCUGAAGGGCAACGUGGCGUCGUUCUUCGGCGCCGGCAGCGAGACAGUGCGAGCCGCCAUCGACUGGCUGCUGCUCAUGAGCGCCGUGUACCCGGAACGCCAGAAGAAGAUCCAGGCGGAAAUCGACGAAGUGGUCGGCGGCACCGACCGCCAGGUGGCCUGGAGCGACCGCAACAAGAUGCCCUACACGCAGGCCUUCAUGUGGGAGGUGAUGCGCUGCAAGCCCGUCAACCCGCUCAGCCUGAUGCGCUAUGCGAGCAAGGACGUUACCGUGGGCCGUUUCGUGAUCCCUGAGGGCAGCAUCGUGAUCGGAUCCAUCUGGUCCGUGUUCUACGACGCCCAGUCCUGGGGGGACCCGGAGUGCUUCCGGCCGGAGCGAUUCCUCGUGGACGGUGGCGCCCGGGCAGUGAAGCCGGACCGCUUCAUCCCGUUCUCCUACGGCAAGCGUUCUUGUCCGGGGGAGGUGAUCGCCAACAUGGAGGUCUUCAUCUACUUCACCACGAUCCUCCAGCACUUCAACGUAGAGGCACCGCCCAACGGCCCGGACCUGGUGUUUGACGAAGUCCUCGGCAUAUCCCUGAGGCCCAAGCCUCAGGAGCUAAUCGUUCGCCCGCGAUGAGGCCCCGUCCAUCCUUCGACUCACCGAAGUCCUUCUCUCGUUGGUAGAAACAAAAAAUGCAGCUUUCUACGAUCUGCGAUUUUUCAAAAUGGCACACGGAGGCGAUGGUGCCUUUCAGGAAACCAAAUUUUUUACAGGGUCUGUCCGAUUGGGGUUGGUCGUUCAAGUGCCUAACAGAGGUACAAUGAGCUCUGGGUAAAAACAAUGGGCCACUCAAUAGCCGCAUUUAAUUAACCAAUUGCCUUAUUCUAACCUCCUUUUUUUUGCGUGUUAGGAUUAGUAGAAGUAAAAUGCAAUAGUACUGCGACCACUCAUGGCAAAUCACGAGUCGCUUGGCGCUGCGAACGCUACGAGUAAUAUGACACUACUCAAUUUGCAACACUAUUCGCAGACAUGGAUAUAAGAAAAAAAAAAAAAAAAAACUAUCCUCAAAGCGAUUUAUUUUUUCGGAGAUCAUGAAGCUUUUUUAAGUUAAAUCCUGCUAUUUUCUAUAAGAGUUACUAUUUUACCUUUAAUUUAUUUUUAUUUUUUAACAACCGUGUGACAUUUAUAUAUGAAACAAAACAUCGAGAAAUCAAACGCUUUUUUUUUUUAAAUAAAUAUUCGCCGGUUUAGAAAGUUAAGGCAUUGGACUGCUUUUCAUGGCUCCUUCCAAAUGUCUAAUUGGACAGUUAAUCGACAUUUUCAGGACCGGGGAACACACUUAUAUUUACUGCCAGCUUAUGAUACGCAGGGGUAAUGCUCAUUGCGUCUGAGUGUCUAAUCCUAUUCUGAACUCUUUCAUCCGCUGAGAUCGUGGUAUUGUUCGGCGGGAUUCGUUGCUUCGUGUUCUGCAUAAAAUUAAGCCCCCCCCCCCCCCCCCCCCCCCCUACCUCCGGCGGGUCGCAUUUCUUCUAAUGUGUAGUCCAGAAACCAACAGUGCAGUAAAACGUAUUGGCUGUGUCAGCUCCUGGACUUUCUCGCGUGUGCGAACGCAACGUCGGCUCUUCGAGAAAUCUUUGAUGUUUGGUGUUGUUGAUAAUGAGUGUGAAUAAAAGAAAUCACCAAGUGUUGAUUUA